CACGAUAAAAAGGAAUCUCCAUAUUUCGGAAUCAAAGUCGUGAUUUGGUUCCGCCCUUCAAAAUUAAGGAUUUUUCGCCGAACCAGAAACGUUGCUAGUGGUGGAGAGAUGCAAUUGCUGGCGAUAAAUCCGGCAGCCAUUUCCAGGACGGCGCUACAAGCCCUAGAGCUUUCGUCUUCCUCCUCCUCUCGGCUUUUUUCUUCUGCUCAGAGUUUGAGCUCCCAACGCGCUUUUGGUCUCGUAACUAGCCCUCGUAAUCCACUUCAACGCGGAUUCUCGCGAUCUCUCUCGAGUCGAAGAUCGCAAGUUAUAAAGGCAGUGGCAACCCCAGACCCAAUCUUGGAAGUACCACUGACUGAGGAAAAUGUAGAAAGCGUUUUGGACGAAAUCCGACCAUACCUUAUGUCUGAUGGUGGUAAUGUUGCAUUACAUGAGAUCGAUGGAAAUAUUGUGAGAGUAAAAUUACAGGGAGCUUGCGGAUCAUGCCCAAGUUCUGUUAUGACAAUGAAAAUGGGUAUUGAGCGUCGUCUAAUGGAAAAGAUCCCUGAGAUAGUGGCUGUGGAAUCAGUUCCAGAUGAAGAGACUGGCCUUGAACUGAACGAGGAAAACAUUGAAAAGGUGCUGGAAGAAAUCAGACCUUACUUGAUCGGAACAGCAGAUGGGUCGCUUGAUCUGGUGGAGAUUGAAGAGCCGAUCGUGAAGAUAAGAAUUACAGGUCCUGCUGCUGGAGUUAUGACAGUUCGAGUAGCAGUAACUCAGAAACUCAGAGAGAAAAUUCCGGCAAUCGCAGCUGUUCAACUUAUAUAGAAACAAAAACAACAGUGUAAACACGACUACUACUUGUAUUGCCUCUUUUCUUUGUAUUAGCCCUUGUAUAGUGUUGUUGUGUAUAGAUACUGUGUUGUUGACAUUUCAUAUUUGUCCUCAAAAUAAGUUUUUUCUUAAACAUUUUUGGUCAACUUAACCUUGAGACGUUAGUUUUUUUUUUCCAUAAAAUGUUAAAUUUU